AUGGCCAACCUACGAAAAUCUCACCCCCUGUUAAAAAUCGCAAACGACGCACUAGUAGAUCUACCAACACCCCUAAAUAUUUCAGCCUGAUGAAAUUUUGGAUCUCUCCUAGGAUUAUGCCUAGUUGCCCAAAUCUUAACCGGUUUAUUUUUAGCAAUACACUAUACCUCUGAUAUUUCUUUAGCAUUCUCAUCCGUAGCCCACAUUUGUCGAGAUGUAAAUUAUGGAUGACUUAUUCGCAACAUACACGCUAAUGGAGCCUCCCUGUUUUUCAUUUGCCUCUACCUGCAUAUUGGACGAGGAUUAUACUAUGGAUCCUACCUGUUCAAAGAGACAUGAAACAUUGGUGUAAUCCUAUUUCUUCUAGUUAUAAUAACUGCUUUCGUAGGAUAUGUACUCCCAUGAGGACAAAUAUCCUUCUGAGGUGCAACUGUAAUUACCAAUCUCCUAUCUGCUGUACCCUAUAUGGGCGAUGCCCUCGUCCAAUGAAUCUGAGGGGGAUUUUCAGUAGACAACGCAACCUUAACCCGCUUCUUCGCCUUCCACUUUCUACUACCUUUUAUUGUUGCAGCCGCAACAUUAGUUCACCUAAUUUUUCUCCACGAAACCGGAUCCAAUAACCCAAUCGGAUUAAACUCCGACGCCGACAAAAUUUCAUUCCACCCUUAUUUCUCAUAUAAAGACCUUCUAGGAUUCAUUUUAAUACUUACUGCACUAAUUACCCUAGCCCUGUUUUCUCCUAACCUAUUAGGAGAUCCUGAAAACUUCACUCCUGCAAAUCCACUCGUUACACCCCCACACAUUAAGCCAGAAUGAUAUUUCUUAUUUGCCUACGCUAUCCUUCGUUCUAUUCCAAACAAAUUAGGGGGGGUCCUUGCCUUACUAGCCUCCAUCUUAAUCCUAAUAGUUGUUCCCCUAUUACACACCUCCAAACAACGAAGCCUUACUUUCCGCCCUAUUACCCAAAUACUAUUUUGACUUCUAGUCGCAGACGUAAUCAUUCUAACAUGAAUUGGAGGCAUACCUGUCGAACACCCAUUUAUUAUUAUUGGACAAAUCGCAUCCAUACUGUACUUCUCUUUAUUCCUCUUCUUGAUUCCCACCGCAGCAUUAAUUGAAAAUAAAAUACUUAAAUGAUAA